AUGGACCUUUUCAACUCAAUUGUGGACUAUUUAGAAAGCAGGCACCUUCUAAAAUCAGCAUCAAUGCUCAGGGGAAUAAUAAAAAGUAUUAGUUUUGAUGAUCAUCUCACAGAUCGUGAAAAAAAUUUGCUAGCUCGCCCCCUUUCUUCGUGAGCUAACAAAAAAUUUUGUUGGCUCAUUGAGGUAGUUAUUUUUUAUUUUUUAAAUAAAUUUUCUUAUCGAAAUUUAAAAAAUGGGAAAUAAAAAUUAUGUUUGAAAUGCAGUUGCUUAAAUUUCAAGAGAAAUAGCUAGAGAUUUCAUUAUAGCUCAUACCCCAAUAUAGAUUUCUAUAUCGAGCAUAAUGUCCUGGCCUCUUGAACGAGCAAAAACAGACUCUCUCAAAGAGAUGAUGUCAAUCUCUAUAUCAGUAAGUGUUAAAAAGUGCCAUGUCAAAAAAUGGUGACAAGUGAGAAAAAAUUUGACAAGUAAACGCGCCAAUUUUAAAAAUGGUUUUAUUAUUAAAUUAAUUUAAAAUUUAAGAUACCCAAUUAGACUGAGAGCACCCAAUCAAUCAGCUUUUUGAUAAAAACCUAAUCAAACACUAAAUGUAGCAUUUCAUUUUUAGACAUCUUGGAGAGAAAUAAUGAAAUCAUAAAUAUCUACGACUUUCAUACCUCCAAAAAAACUCAAAAGUCCCCCUUUAACCCAUCAAAAGUUUCCAAGAGUUCUUGCUUCAGUUGAUACAUCUCUCAAAAUCUCCAAUAAUUUUUGGACUUAUGCUCGAUACAAGAUGUCAUCAAGAUGGCGUCGUCCAGUAUGGAGAAACUGAUAUGAGUAAUUCCUAAAGAAAAAUUCAAAAGUGCGACUCCUUCCGUUAGCUCAUCAAAGGUCUCCAAGAGUUAUUUCUUCAGUUGAGACAUCUCUCAAAAUCUCCAAUAAUUUUUUGACUUUUGCUCGAUUCAAGAUGGCACCAGUAUUGUUGAACUGACUUUAAAUAGUCUAUAGAUAAAAAUUCAAAAGUCCAAACCCAUCAAAGAUCUCCAAUAGUUAUUGCUUCAGUUGAGAUAUCCUUUAAAAUCUCCAAUAAUUUUUGGACUUAUACUUGAUUCAAGAUGGCAACCAGUAUUGAGGAACUGACUUGAAAAAGUUAUAGAGAAAAAUUCAAAAGUGCGACUCCCCCCAUUAAUCCAUCAAAGGUCUCCAAGAGUUCUUGAUUCAGUUGAGACAUCUCUCAAAAUCUCCAAUAAUUUUUGGACUUAUGCUUGAUAUAAGGUGUCAUCAAGAUGGCGUCCAGUAUAGAAAAACUGACAUUAAUAUUACCUAGAGAAAAAUUCAAAAGUGCAACUCCCCCCUUUAGCCCAUCAAAGGUCUCAACUAGUUAUUGCUUCUGUUGAGACAUCUCUUAAAAACUCCAAUAAUUUUUAGACUUAUUCUUGAUUCAAGAUGGCGUCGUCCAGUAUGGAGAAACUGAUAUGAGUAAUUCCUAAAGAAAAAUUCAAAAGUGCGAUUCCCCCCUUUAACCCAUCAAAGGUCUCCAAGAGUUCUUGCCUCAGUUGAGACAUCUCUCAAAGUCUCCAAUAAUUUUUGGACUUAUGCUUAAUACAAGAUGUCAUCAAUAUGGCGCUCAGUAUGGAGAAACUGACAUGAAAGUUUAUAGAGAAAAAUUCAAAAGUGCGGCUCCCCCUUCAACCCAUCAAAGAUCUCCAAUAGUUAUUGCUUCGGUUGAAAUAUCUUUAAAAAUUUCUAAUAAUUUUUAGACUUAUGCUUGAUUCAAGAUGGCGUCCAGUAUGGAGAAGCUGAGAAUGGCAUCUAAUUUUAUUAAUAAAUUUUAUAUGUAUCAUUUAUUAUUUAUGUAUUUGUUAUUAUCAUUAUUAUUAAUUUAUAUAAAACCUUUUAAAAAUUGGCGCGUUUACUUGUCAAAUUUUUUCUCACUUAUCACCAUUUUUUGACAUGUCACUUUUUAGCACUUACUGAUAUAGAGAUUGACAUCAUCUCUUUGAGAGAGUCUGUUUUGCUUGUUCAAGAGCCAGGACAUUAUGCUCCAUAUAGAAAUCUAUAAAGGGGUAUAAGCUAUAUAAUAAUUAUCACUUACACACCGAAAUAUUUUUUUCACCCACGUAAGAUGGGUUUUAACCAAAAAUUAGGGUUUUUCCAAUUGUUUUGCUCCAUCACCGAAGGGAGUAAGAAAAAUCGAAUCAAGCCUAGGAAAUAAAGAAAACAAAGCAGGUGUUUCUCAAGAAAACGAAGCAAUUAUGGAAAAUCUAAUGACACGACUGAUAUCAAACCCAAAGAUUGCCCAGAGCAAAGCUGUUGAAAAUAAUCUAGAAAGGCUUUUCGAAGUUAAGGCAUUUCAAAAAAUGGUUUCGUGCGCAGAUCAAUUAUUUUUCGAUAGUGACAGCAUGAAUAUUUCAUCCAAAAUAGUUCACAACAACGAUAAAGAUGCCAGCUCUGGGUCAAUUGCCUCAAGUUUACACGAAUCCCAAGACCAAUCAGAAUCAUAUAGAACAAGCCAGGAAUACUCAUCAGAUAAACCUGGGAAUUCAGAAAUUGACGAAUAUGAAGACGAUGAUGACCCUGGCUAUGAAGCUUAUGAGUGCUCUGAGGAAGAUUUUGAAGAAAUAAGCCGACAAUUAGGCGACAAGUAUGGAUUUCCUGCUAGAGCUGCAUACCCUAAAAAAAACGAAAAUAAAGAAGAAAGACGAGAGCCUAUAAAGCCUCAGUUUCCUCCACAUAUAAAAUUCCCAAAAAGUGGGGAUAGUUUUUAUCCUAACUCCCCCUUCCCCUUUAAAUUUAGGGUUUUUUUUAGAAAUGAAUUUUCUCUUUGAAAAAAUUUUAAACUAUAAAUUAUUUUAUGAAAAUUUGAUUAAAAAAUUAAUCAGUAUAGCAAAUGUUUAUAUAAUAUUCUACUUUCACUUUUACCAUUAAAUUAGUUCAAAAUUAUUUUAUAAAAUUAACUAUUGAAAAAAAUUCCAAUUAAAUGGGAUUAAAGUACAUAAAAAAUAGAUAUUUUACCGAAAUUUUGUUCCAAUUUAAAGGUAGAAGGAGUAAAGAAUUUGACGGAGUUGUAUAUGAUUGCUAUGACUUAAAGGUUAUCACUGAUAGAGAAAGGACAGGUUUUGAGGAAAAUAAAGAAUUUCCUAUUGUGGUAGAUAGUGUUAUUGCGGGGAGAUAUAAAGUGAUUGAGUUUUUGGGGUCUGCUGCUUUUAGUAAAGCUAUUCAGUGUUUGGAUACUUUUACAGAUGAAAUGGUAUGUUUGAAAAUUAUUGAAAAUAAUAAAGAUUAUAUCGAUCAAAGUAUAGAUGAAAUAAAAUUGCUACUAUAUAUAAAGGAAAAUGGGGAUGCUGAUGAGCAUAAUGUUUUAAGGAUUAUUGAUUAUUUUUAUCAUAAAGAGCAUUUGUUUAUUGUAACAGAAUUACUAAGGGAUAAUCUCUAUGAGUUUUAUCGCUAUAACAGAGAGCACGAAGAUGAAUUUUAUUUCACAAUGGGACAUCUACAAAGAAUAACAGUCCAAAUCUUAAAAGGUCUUGAAUUUCUCCACAGCCUUCUGUUAAUUCAUUGUGACCUUAAACCUGAAAAUGUUCUAAUAAAAUCUUAUAGCCGCUGUUUAGUCAAAAUUAUUGAUUUAGGCUCCAGCUGUUAUAUUCAUGAUCAUUUAAGCUCUUAUGUUCAAAGCAGAUCUUACAGAGCUCCAGAAGUGAUUAUGGGCUGCACUUAUGACUAUCGAAUUGAUAUAUGGUCAUUAGGAUGUAUUUUAGCUGAACUUUGGACUGGAAAUGUUCUAUUUCAGAAUGAUUCUGUGCAAGGAUUACUCGCUAGAGUUGUAGGAAUCGUAGGACCAUUUCCAGAUUAUAUGUUUAAACAUGGCAGGCAUGUAGGGAAUUAUUUCACAAGGGAAAAGUUGAUAUACCAAGUUUCUGAUGAAAAAGUGGAGGAUUCAUCCAGCAAUCUUGGGGGUAAAAAGAUUAUGAUUUUUGUACCUAAGAAAACAUCUCUUAAAGCAAGACUAAGGGCAGAUGACGACAUGUUUGUUGAUUUUAUUGCUAGUUUAUUAGAACUUGACAAAGAAAAAAGACCGACUGCAUCUCAAGCAUUGCAACAUCCUUGGCUAACUCAAUGUAAGUAUCCAGAUGGGCUUCCAUAA